AGGAGCCGUCCCUGAGCGCGGGGUGAAAGGAGCUGCCCCCCCCUCCGCGCUUCCAGACACCACCCCUCAACGUGCGCGUGCCUUCCCGCACCUCUACGCAUGCGCCAAGCACGGGGGCGGGAGGGGGCGGGACGCGGAGGGGGCCAGAUGCCUCUCUCAGAGAAGAAAGGCCUCCUCUGUUGUAAAUUGCAGGAUUAAGGCCAAAAUCACCAUAACGGUAGGGACUGUCCGGUUUGGCCAAUGUACAUGACAGAGGGGCAUCGCUGGCACAUGAUGGCAUAUAUCACAUUAGUAGACGUGCAGGUCAUUGUUUAGGAUGUAGCAGCAUCUGAAGAAAUAUGAAGUGGCUUUGUGUCAUAUUGACAAAAAAAAUUGGAUGUCAUCUCUGGGCACUUUCAACAAUGAUUCCAAAAAAAGUAAAAACAUUUCCUUAUCCCUAUAUCAUUGAGCAUAGAAUGUUGUCAGGUUACAAGUCUAAAAAUAACAUCAAAGACUCUUACAGACUUCUUAAACUUCAGGAGGGGUGUUCCCUAGAUGAUGUAAAAAAUUCAUUUACAAAUCUUGCCAAACAGUAUCAUCCAGACAGUGGUUCCAUCACAGCUGAUUCCGCAACAUUUGUGCAGAUAGAAGAAGCAUACCGAACUGUGCUUUCUGAUGUGGCCAAGAAAAUGAAAUCAAGUGAAAGUGAAGAUGAAGAAGAAACCAAAUUCAAAUCCAAAGCGCCACAGCACAGGCAGUAUUUAAGUUUUGAAGGUGUUGGUUUUGGGACUCCGAGUCAAAGAGAGAGACAGUACAAGCAGUUUAGAGUAGACCGUGCAGCUGAGCAGGUGAUGGAAUAUCGAAAGCAGAAACUCGAGAGCCAGUAUGCUAUGAACGCUAUGAUAGCCAAAGAUAUAAGGCAGAGUAAGAAGGUAAAAAUAACCCAAGCAAUUGACCGUUUGGUUGAAGACCUCAUCCAGGAAUCAAUGGCUAAAGGAGACUUUGAUAACCUCAGUGGUAAAGGAAAACCAUUGCAGAAAUUUUCAUACUGUCCACAUAUUGAUCCUAUGACUCACAACCUGAACAGAAUUCUAAUAGAUAAUGGAUACCAACCAGAAUGGAUUCUGAUGCAGAAAGAAAUACGAGAAACUAUUGAGGAACUAAGAAAGAACAUAGUAGCAUCUAGGAAUAAACUUGGAGAGCCAAUGACACCAUGUAGACAGAAACAAUGGAGUCAGAUUUGUGAACAAUUAAUAGAAGAUAUCAAGAAACUAAACAAAAGAAUUAAUGACUUUAAUUUAAUUGUUCCCAUUCUGAAAAGACAAAUGGUUCAUUUUAAUGCAGACAAAGAAAUUGCACGAGCACAGGCGGCUUAUGAGAUCCUGAUGGAAAAAACAAAGACCAUUGAUGUGGAUACAAAGGAAAAUGAACAGGAAAAAGUUAAAAUAUUUAGACUUAAAUCCAGCUUUUUGAAGUGGAUAAAUCUUAUGCUGAAAUAAAAUAAAACGGAUAUACCAGUUUUGAUUAAAUAUUCAUGUUAAUACAUUUUGUAGUUUGAGAGAGAAUUUUUCAGGUUUACUGAAAAUAUAAAACCUACCUGUUUUAAUGUUAUAAUGUUUAGAAGGAAUCUAGCUGCUUGACCUGGCUCUCCAAGUGGUCAAUAUGAAAGCUGCUUAAGAAUAAAUAUUUUUUCUCAGCC